CCCCCCCCCCCCCCCCCCCCCCCGCCCGCCUGCACUUGUUGCAGACUUCGCGCCAGAUGGAAUUUCAUGACUUGCUGUGUUUUGAAUAGGACGAGGAGAUGUGUCUGAUAAGAUACGUCACUUUGAGGUCACAGAAUGAAAGCAGCAUGAAGUGUUAUGGCGAAGACAGCACAAGAAGAUACAAGAAUCUCACAGAUCCUCAAAAAUCAGGUGCUUGGCACACUGAACUUACUGAUCUGUGUAGGAUUUGUGCUGUGGUCCAUUUAUUGAAGAUGUGAAACAACAUCAAGUCUGAGAUUGGAAUUACUGACAGACUGGAGGAAAUUUCAGUCCUUGUGAUGCACAUGGACAUGCUGAAUUUUAAGUAACUCUAGCUUCUUCUCCCCUCCCCUCCCUUCCCCUCACUCAGCUAUCUCAGGGUUCAUAGAGAUUUCAAUGGUUUGUGUGCCUGUAAGUUUGGAACAGAAGUGACCAAAAAUGGGGGACCAGCAAUUGUAUAAAACUAAUCAUACUGCCAACAACAAUGAGAACUUGUACUACGAACAACACCAAAUGAACUCCCUUCCAUCUCUAAACCACAGCUAUGGGACAUCUGUUCUGGAUGCUCCUCAGGCGUCCCCCCUCUCCCCUCCAUUUCCCCAAGAUUCAAGGGACAGUAUAGCUUUGCCUGUAGGUUCAAAAAGUCUUGGGUCGAUGGAUACAUCUAGACAAACCAGUUGGACGCAUUCUGGCUCAGGAAACCACGUCGCAGCGAGGAACAGUUUGAAUAAUCAAAGCGCAAUGUGGAGCCCCCUCGGGCAGGGGGAGUCCCAUGACGGAUACCAAUAUUCUUACCCUCAACCCAGUGAAAACCGAUCGCAAAAAAUCACCAGUGGGGCCCUGCACAAAUUGGACUCCUUUACACAAGUAUUUGCUAACCAAAAUCUGAGAAUUCAAGUCAGCAACAUGGCUCAGGUCCUGCACACCGAGUCUUCGAUGGUGGAUAAUUCAGGUGACAGUGCGCUCAGGCAGCUGCUGUCCCAGAAGGCGCCGGUUGAGCAACAACCCGUAACUUCCACCGUGCAAAGAUACCAACCACUGCCACAGCAAACGCACCAGAAUUUUGCAAGCACACAGCAAAAGCAACAAAUGCAAGUCAUGCAGCACCAACAGUUGUACUACGACUACCAGCAGCACUUAUCACAGAUGCAGAUGCAUUCUGCGUUCCAGCAGGGACAGGCGCACGUUCCGCAGAUGCAGUCCCAGCAGCUGCUGCCGCAGCAGAUGCAGCACUUGCAGCAGCCUCAGUACUACGCUCAGCCCCAGCAGGGACACCAGCGCCUCUCGAUGCAGGAGAUGCAGCAGCAGCAGCCAGCUCGGCAGCAGCGGCAGUGUCCCGUGCAGAUCGCUCAGUAUUACCAAACACAGCCUGUCAUGCAGCAGUUGCAGCAGCAGCAGCAGCAGAUGCAGUUGCCGCUUCCUCCGUAUCACAGGGAACCCGAUCCAAAGACUAUGCAUGAGCCACACCAGUACUCUCAGGAUCCCGGUCAUCCUGUGCAGCUUAUCCAGCUGGGAGCAGUGCCUCAGUAUUGCUUCCAGGAUCCCCACGAACAGUACAGGCACUUGUACCCCCAGAGCUUACUGCAGCAGCAAGAUCAGCAGAAGCAAUACCUGAGCGAGAGCAGAGUGCCAUCGCUGAACUCCCACCUUGGCCUCACUCCACCAGAGACCGCCGAGGAUCCCGCGCGGCAGGAGAUCAACUCCGUAGGUAACGCUGUCCCUCAUCGAACUCUUUUGGCACCCUCGGGAGUUCAUCUGAACAGCAAAAGCUCCCAGCAAGACUCCCCCAGCACCACGUGGCCUCAGCAGGUGCAACUGUCAGAUGGCAGACUGCAGCCACUGUCCCCAGAACAAAGUGGCCAGAACAGAGAAACACUUCCUGAGAGAGCUGAUGCGAAGAACAAGCUAUUGUGUUCAAUAUGCUUGAAGGAAUUUAAGAGUUUGCCUGCUCUAAAUGGUCACAUGAGGUCCCAUGGAGGAGUAAGAGCAUCUCCUAACUUCAAACAGGAUGAAGGAGAGAAACCACCCCAGCAGCCGCUGUCUAAAGAGGUGGAUGGCCUCGCGCCCAUCGUCAUGCCAGUGUCUGUCCCUGUAAAGCUUCUGUCACCUGAGCCCAGCACGCAGCCCUCUGCCAGCACUGCCACAGUCACAGACAAGCCUGCCAGCUCUGUGUCAGAUGACGAGAUGCCCGUUCUCGUGAAGAUGACUUACUCUCCACCGUGCAGUCCAAAAGUGGCCAACCCCUGCUCAUCCUCUGAAACUAGCAAAAAACCUCAUCCAAGUGCUGUAAAAUUGGAAGAAAACUUCAAGCCGCUGCAGGACAAGAAGAAGUACCGGCACAGACCCGAACCUCUCUUCAUCCCUCCUCCUUCCUUCAACCUCAGCAUGUCCCACUCGGGUGCCACUCUGUACCAGAGCCAGCUGCGCUCUCCCCGCGUGCUGGGCGAUCACCUGCUGGAGCGGCCCCACGAGCUGCCCCCCUACACUCCACCCCCCAUGCUGAGCCCCGUCCGGCAGGGCUCGGGGCUCUUCAGCAGCGUCCUCACCUCUUCCCACAGCACAGCACACGCCCAGCUGCCGCUGACGCCGCUGACGCCCACGCCCCGGGUGCUCCUGUGUCGCUCCAAUAGUAUUGAUGGAAGUGUCAUUCCAGUGACGCCUGGGCCUGGAGAACAGACUGUUGAACCGCGAAUCAAUAUUGGGUCCAGGUUCCAGGCUGACAUUCCUGAGCUGCAGGACAGAUUGCUAAUGGAGAAAGAUGUGCACAAGGCUACUUUGGUUUGGAAACCAUGGCCAGAACUGGAGAACAAAGUCUUCCAACAAAGAGUGGAAGACCUUUUAAAUAUGAGCUGUUCCAGUGUGUUACCUGGUGGAGGAACUAACUCAGAAUACGCUUUGCACUCUCUCUUUGAAGCAAAAGGAGAUAUUAUGGUUGCUCUUGAAAAGCUGCUGUUGAGAAAGCCAGUGAGAUUGAAGUGUCAUCCUUUGUCAAAUUACCACUAUGCCGGCUCUGACAAAUGGACACAUCAAGAAAGGAGACUGUUCAAAGAGGCACUAUCCACCUACAGCAAAGAUUUCAUUUUUGUACAGAAAAUGGUUAAGUCCAAGACAGUUGCACAAUGUGUGGAAUACUACUAUACCUGGAAGAAAAUCUUGCGUUUGGGACGGAAACACAGAACGCGUUUAGAGAAGAAAAGAGAUGAGUGCUUGACAAGUGGAGAAGAGGAAGUGUUAGAGGAAGAUGAGGAGAUUGAAGAAGACAGAAAGGAAGAAAGGGAAAUGCAGAAGUCACCUGACCCACCAGCAAUCUCUCUUGUUGGACCUAUAGAUCUACCUGCCGUUCAGGGUCUUUCACUGUCCUCAUCCUCCUUCAUCUGUGAAAUGCCAAACUGUGGCGCUGUGUUCAGUUCCCGCCAAGCGCUGAACGGGCACGCUCGCAUUCACGGAGGUACGAACCAGGUGCCGAAGCCGCGCUGCGCCGUUCCCGGCACCAAGCAGAAAUCUGGUACGCAGAGCGGGUACUGCUCCAUCAAGAGCUCACCUGCCCACAGCACAACAAGCGGCGAGACCGACCCCACCACCAUCUUUCCUUGCAAGGAGUGUGGCAAGGUCUUUUUCAAAAUCAAAAGCCGCAAUGCCCAUAUGAAGACUCACAGACAACAAGAAGAACAGCAAAGGCAGAAGGCUCAGAAAGCUGCUGUGGCAGCAGAAAUGGCAGCCACUAUUGCAAGAACUACUGGGCCAGUUGGGCAUAGUUUGAUCCCCCUGGAUCACAUGAGUUUGGUUAAACACGUUGAAAAUGUGGGUGACAUUGAUGAUGAUGUUGUUCCGGAUCUGGGUGAUGUCAUGGAAGAGAAUGAAGUCAUGGAUGCUGACCUCUUACUGGAUGAUGAAGAUCCAGAUCUACUGCAGGAUGAUGCUGAGUUGUAAAUAAAGUUGUUUGAUAGACAGCUACUGAGCACACCCUGAAUGGAUCAAUCAGGAAACCUGGACUGCUUGUUUAUUCCCACUGAUUGUAAACUACCUGUUGAGAAUUAUAAUUCUUUUAUCCAGGUCUAGAAAAAAAAUCUGCUUUUUUCCCUUUUUUUUAUUAUUAAUUUGUGUCUUGGGGGAAGAAAUAAAUAAUUGGUACAAAUAUUCUUAUAAGGUGUUUUUAUCUGAGCUCUUUUUGCUGAUAAUUUCCAAGGCCACUAAUUACAGAAGUUCAUGGUUCUGCUAUCAGUUCCUACCAGAUGGUCCUGGUAGAAUCUUUAGUCUUUAACUCUUCCAAGUUUCAUUUUACCCCAAUUACAAGAAUAAAUUUCACACAGUUCUGAUGAAACUUUUUUUUUUUUUCCUAUAUUGGAUCAUUUCCAGCAUUUUCUAGAGAGUAAAUGUCAUCUCUCUU